CGGAUACCCUACCUGCCUUAGUCCUCAGCAAGGAGCAAUUAGUUUCCUUUUAGUCGCAGUUCCGUUUAGUCGUGCGUUGGCAUCGAGUUGCAAGUCAGUGAUUCAGUGUUUUCAAAAGUGCAUCAAUUUAUAAAUGUGUUACAAGUGCAAUUUUCCUCAAAUCUAAGAAAUUGUUUGGCGAUUCUUAUUUCCAAUUCAAGUCAAAAUUUUCAGAAGAAAGCUUCUUUUGAAAAAAGAUGACGUCAAGUGCAUCGUGGAUUAAAAAUAAUAUGAUGGGAAUGCAGUCAAAAUCUCCUAAACGUGUGAUGUCAGAGGCAGAAAUGAGGGUGCAAAAAGCAUUGCAAAAAUUAGAAAUUCCAGAAUGGUACCUCAAUAAACAUUCUAAGGCACCGAAAAUUCUAAAAAAUGACACACCCAUUGAUUAUAGACAGCCCUCAUGGAAACAGGGUACUUCGAAGCAAGUUAUACAAAAAGCUCGUCACACUGAAGAAAUUGCUGAUCCUACUCGCAUUUACAGCAGAGAAACAAGAACAACACCAAAAUCAAAAAUUGAACUCGCAUAUCCAUCAAUUAAUAACGCAAAUACACAUCAAAUCACCAUUGAAAAUCAAAAGAACAUUUUAUCACCAAAAUGUAAAAAGACCAUUCAAGAUCCAAUAACAUUGGAGAAUGUUAAACCAAUUGACAUCAGUGAAUAUAAUAUGCAAUUAUCAUCAACAUCAUCAUCGUCAUCAGUAUCAUCAUCAACUAAAGAUAAUGACGAUUGUGAGAAAUCGCAAAAAACAAAAUUGGGCAAUAAGAGUAAUAGUUUUCCGAAAAUCUCACCAUCACGAAAAGUGCAAAAUAUUAAUAUUGUCCUUGAACCAACAUCACCAUUGACAAAUAAAACAGCAGGAAAUAAAAUCCUAAAGAAAAAUCAACAAAAUAUCGACAUUAAUUCAAAUAUGAAUUCGGAAAUUAAUAGAAUGACGGAGAAUUUUGACAGUACAUUUAAUUUAAAUGAUUCUGAUGGUUAUAAUAAAACGCCAACUAACGAUAAAUCAAAUCAAUCGUCUUAUUUUAAUAGUUCAUUGGUGAAUGUCAUUACACCGAAGCCGUUCUGCAAAAAAAUUGGUACACCCUUCAUGACGCCUGUUAAUAAUUUUAAAAUUCCGCAAUUAUCAACACCUGAUACUGGAAAGAAACCUGCUUUCUAUACAAGUACCCUGGAGAGGCCUUCACCUCUAAAACCAACACCCUGGACAAAUCAGGAACAAACCUUUGGACUCGAUAUGUCGAUUCCGUCGACAUGUAAUACCACAGCUACUUCAUAUAUGUCGACUAAGGCAAGAAAUGGCAAUGCUCCGGGAGAAGUAAAGAAAGAUUUUUUGAAUUCGACAUAUUGGGUUGGAGAGAUGAAACCAGUUGGCAUGGAUCCCAACAAACCUUGCGAGGAAUGUGGAUCGAAAUUGCCCCGAUUUUACGCAGUGGUUACAAAAAAGAAGAACUUAAUAAACAACUUGAUAAACGAACGGAAGUCCAUUAUUGAAUACAAAGAACAACAGUUGAAGAAAAUGCAAAGACAAGUUCCGGAAGAAAUUGAAAUGGGAAGUGUCAGUGGAAGCGGAACUGGAAGUAGAAGUGGAAGCGGAAGGGUAUCUGGAAGUAUAAGUGGAAGCGUGACUGGAAGCGGAAGUGGAAGCACAACUGAAAGCGUAAGUGACAUCGAGUCAAACUCUGCAGCCUCCCUCUCGUCAAUCUCACUAUCCUACAAGGGAUCUGAGAUCGGAACAGCCAAAGUACCAGCGACUUCAACUCUAAAGAGCAAUAUUAGAAGUCCAUUUAGAAAACAAUCAACAACUCCCAAAAAAACCACCACCACUACCACCACUAGCACUAAUAACACAAAAAAUGGCGUCCAAUGGAUUCCAGUAAAGCAGGAGUACAUUGAUAGGGCAAGCAGAUUUUUGAGCAUGACCGAACAAGAAAUAAGAGGACAACAAAGAAGGUCUUCUAUUCAGAAACUGGAAAAAACCACCAAUUGUGCCAGGAAGUCACUUGGGGAAAAAAAUUUAGAAGCAUUCGAAGCACAACAAAUGGUGGCGAUGAAGAAAUUUUUACAACUCGAGGAAUGUGCAAUCAUAGAAUCGGGAUAUUCAAGUCGAUCGCUAAAAACUGACUCUCUAUUUGACUCACUAGCUUCGAGUAGAACUUGGUUUGAAGAUUCCGUUUCUGACGAAACUGAGAGCGAUUAUUCCUUCUCCUUGAAAGGACGACGGGCGAUGAAAAAGUAUUAAGGUACUUUGAAUUUUGCAAAAAUUUCUCUACACUGAGAAAACUGUUUGUUUACCUCACAGAUCAAAAAAUACGUCAAUCAAAAAAUAUGUUUCAAUUAAACAAUGUUCUUUAACACAGUUUUCUUGAAAGUAACAAAUUGAUACUAAAGUGUAUCAAUUUGAUACACAAAGCUUAGAUCAAUUUUUUAUUUGAUCCACGUUUUGGUAUCAAGUUGAUACAUUUUAGUAUCAAUUUGAUAUUUUCGAGAAAACUGCGAAUUGAAUCGUUAAUUUCGAAAAGGGCUCAACUUAAAAAAGUGUAAUUCUCACUUUUAUAUAAUAAUUAAUAGUGAAAAUGUCUCUAACGGUUUUUGAGAGUUGAUUCCUUUUCGAAAUUCACGAUAAAAUUAAAAUAAAUUAUCUUGACAUAAUAAUCAAGAUAAUAAUUCCAAUGAAACAUAAUUUUUCCUUGACUGUCUAUUAAAGAAAAAUAUAUUUUAUAUUCAAACAUGUUUUCUCAAUGUACUAAACUUUAUAAGUAUUCAAAAAUUUAUUGUAAUAUAGAUUUACUAAUAAUUCUAAACGAAAUCGUAAAUUUUAGUGCCGAAAAAUAUUUUCUACCAAAAAAAAUUAUAUUUAUUAAUAGUUCGUAUUUUUUUCUUAUAAAAAAAAUAUUUUUCGGUUAAAGAAAUUUCAGAAGCAUAAAAAUGUUUCUUACAGAUAGAAUUUUCAACAAAACAAAAAUUCCACCAUUUAUAGUUUUUUACUGAAGAAUGUUUUAUUUUUAAAUUUAUUUUUGUCAACGAAACUUUCGAAAAGAAAAUUUUACUAAACAAAAGUUUUGUAGUUUUUCAGCUUUCUAAAACAUUUCGUUAACAAUUUUGAAUUUAAAUUCAAAUCGAAAUGUUAAUUUCGAAAUAAAAAUAAUUAUAAAAAUAUAAAAUAAUUUAAAAAUUGUUAUAAUUAUUUUUAUUUUAAAAUUAACAUUUCUAUUUGAAUUUAACUUUAAUUACUUUCGAUUACGUUUACAAUUAUUAUUUUAUUUUUUGUCUUCCAAAGACAGUGCAUAACACACAAAGUAAGUCAAAUAGAUCAAACGGCUGUGUUUUUGUUUAAAGUAUAGUAAAAAAUCUUAAUAAUAAUAAUUACAAUAAAUUAUAAAAAAACAAAUUACUUUUAACUAUUUAUGUACUUUUUCGUGAUUUUCUACCACGAAAUUCGAAUUCUAUAUGAGGUAUUUUUUUUUACGAAACAAUAUACGUU